AUGGCUAUCACUUGGGUGCAAGAUGCCUUUUACUCAUUUUGGAUCGUGGCUGUUCCUUUUUUCAACCUGAAGGAAUUAGGUCUACUUUUACAAGAGAAUGUCGCGAACCCGCUCUGUUGGACUCUGUUAGGCAAGUCGGAUCUACCUCCAAUCACGUAUCGCAUACGAAAGUACGUGUUGAAUGGAGACGCAAUGGAAGCAUGGAGAUUGAAAAGUUCUUACAAAGAGACGUUCGCCUUGGAAGCCGUUUCGAAAAUCUGUUGGAAGGCUGCCAUUAUCGCUCAAAUAGCCAUUACUAUGCCCGGCCUCGCCAACUUUGGCACAAUCCACUGGACUGCCACAGCCUUUGCAUAUACGAGCCUGGUGUAUGGCCUUCUGUCGACAUUCUUUUCAUUUUAUGUGCAGCAGACUCUGAGUGAACUGCACAGCCCGCAAGAUGUUCAAGAGUGGCUCACAUCACCGCGGAAACGAAAUAAACUUGGCGAUCUCUUCAACAGGGUUAUCAUCGGUCGCCACCCUCUCUUCAGUCUGUGGCCAGCUGAAGACGCGGACAGAAUCCCCUCGAUCACAGCCGCCGCAACUCUGACAGCACCUAGCAGACUGCUCGCCCUUUCAAUCAUCUCCUUGUUUAUUGCGUUGGGGAUUUACCUCGGCAGCAUGUACACUGCGGGAUUGGGUACGAUGAAAGGUAGCAAUGCCAACCUAGGCGUUUGGCUCUUCUUCAUCAUAUCCUCAUCUCUAGCUAUUUACGAGGUAUACCUGCCGCUGAAUAGCAAGCGCCUGGAGCAAAUUGGCCAUUCGUCGGCGCACGACCCUUGGAACCAAACUCUGGUCCGGGAAUCGCGCGACAGUAGCCAUAUUAUUGAGCCGAAGGCGGCCGUUACCCCCGCCCAGACUUCACAAGCAAGAGAUCUUAUCAGAGAAGCGCUGAAGGCUUCAAUUCGUGCACAAGAGGAAGGUCUCAAAGCGCAAAGGGCACUUCUGGAGGUACUAGAUUCACGAUCUGGGUUGACGGAAAGAUUUUCCUUCGAGAGCAGCCCACGUGGUCAGGCUGAGCAAGCAUGA